AUGCUUUUUGGCGAGAUUAGCCAGAACCAUCUUGUGUUGGCUGAGCCGCGCCUUCUGCCUCAUUCUACACACAAACACACACACACACACACACAAACGUCAAACGUCGGGUCGCUGUCAGUCACCCAGCAGAGAGCACCAGUACCGCUUGAGCAUCUGCACCAGCAUCCGCACCAGCAACAUCUGCUUUCUGCAGAGCCUGAGGCUGCACCGCACCGCGCCUAUCCAACGCCAGACAAAGAGACACUCGACUCCACUGGUGCCGGAGUCGCCAGUAGCGCGACUGCAACGGCCUCUGCAUCUUCGAGUCUGCCCGCGCAUCGGACAGCACAGCAGCCGGCCCAAUUGCUCUGCGUCGAGGCCACCAGCGCAGUCCCCGCCCUCGCCCGUUCGAGCGCUCCACCGCCAUUUCUCCAUACACCGACAAACAGUGCCAGCGCAGCGAACAGGAGCCCUUUGUCGCGCCGCUGCCCGCGCGACGAGCCGUCCUCCCUCAUCACCGCCCGCCCGCGACUGCAGGACAUGGCCGCCGUAGCCUCACAACCGCCUCAUGGCCAACAGCAACAACAGCAGCAACAGCAGUACUACUCGCAACCUUCGCCCGUCGCCGUGUCAACACCAACCACUGCCCGCCGCCCGACCUCGCGACGGCCUAGCCAUGGCGCGUCCCCCAACACGCCCACUACCCCACAGACGCACCAAUCGUCUGCCGCCUCCCAGCACAACGCCAAUCUGACCACGCCGCGCGCGCAGCCGCUCCCCGCUUCGACGCACACUUCGCCUGCCAUGAACAACAACACCACCUCGGCCUCGACGUCCAUGGGCAGUGGCCCCAUGCCUCCGCCCAGGUCGUCCUCGCACCGCUCACAGUCUUCUUCGGCAAACCAACCGGCCUCUUCACGCGACGAAGCUGCCAAUGCAGGCCAGACUCGUCGGAGAGGCACGCAGCAAGCUGCUUCGAGCAGAGCACAGCCAGCUCACAGCCGGUCAGCCACGGCUAUUGGGCAGCCACCCACCGGAACCAGUCUUCCCCGUGAAGAGAGCACCGUCAUCAACCGCAUGGUGGUGACAGACCCACAAGAAGAUAUUGCUCGCGCGCAAGCUCGGCAAGCAGAAGGCAUCCCCGCGUCUGGCGUGGAUCUCACUCCCAUCACCGGCCUCGGUCUCGUGGGCAGUGAGGGCGUCGACGAUGGUGGCCGCGGAGGAGGAGGGGGUGGAGGUGGAGGAGGCAAGAGCAGACAAGAUCAUUCCAAAUCGGAGGGCUCGACGAAGCGAUCCAAGUUUGGUAACUACAUUCUCGGUCAAACGCUUGGUGAGGGCGAAUUCGGCAAGGUGAAGAUGGGCUGGAAACGAGACAGCAGCGUAGAGGUUGCCAUCAAGCUCAUAAGAAGAGAAACGCUGGGCAGCAACUCGAAUCGACUGGCAAAGAUUUACCGCGAGAUCCACAUUCUGCGAGGACUAGACCACCCCAAUAUCGUUCGCCUACACGAGAUGGUCGAGACGGAGCGACAUAUUGGCAUCAUUCUCGAGUAUGCAUCGGGCGGAGAACUGUUCGACUACAUCCUCAACCAUCGCUAUCUCAAAGACGGCCCCGCACGCAAGCUGUUUUCCCAGCUCAUAUCCGGGGUCGGCUAUUUGCACAAAAAGGGCAUUGUGCAUCGCGAUUUGAAGCUGGAGAAUCUGCUGCUGGACCGUAAUAAGAACAUCAUCAUCACAGAUUUUGGCUUUGCCAACACCUUUGACCCGAAUGACGAGCUCGGCGAAGAAAUCGAAUACAGACUAGGCGACAAGGAGUACAUUAGAUCUCUUGGACUAGAAGGAAGCGAUGCUGCCCGUCGGGGCGAUCUCAUGCAGACUAGCUGUGGCAGUCCUUGUUAUGCUGCGCCCGAGCUGGUUGUCAGCGACUCGUUGUACACAGGCCGUAAGGUGGAUGUGUGGAGUUGUGGUGUCAUUUUGUACGCCAUGUUGGCUGGAUACCUUCCCUUUGAUGACGAUCCGGCGAAUCCUGAGGGUGAUAACAUCAAUCUCUUGUAUAAAUACAUUGUAUCUACGCCAUUGACAUUCCCGGAAUAUGUUACACCACACGCCAGAGACCUGCUGAAGCGGAUAUUGGUCCCCGACCCACGCAAACGAGCGGAUCUCUUCGAGGUCGCCCGUCACAGCUGGCUGGCAGAUUACUCGCAUGUCGUCGGAUUCAUCACGUCGAGCAACACGAAUGCUGCGGAAGCCCAGCAGAGCUCUGUAUAUUCUAAAGAUACAUUCGAACAACAGCCAGCCCUCGCUCGAAGCGCUUCCGUACGAGAACCUGGGAAGCAACACACCGCGCCCGUACCUGCACACGGCGGUCUUACCGCCAAGCGCGAACAGAUCAACUCGCCGCCUUCGGAAAAGCCCAAGACAACGCGGGACAAUAAGCGCCGAACUGUGCAGGUGGAAUACGUCGCACCGCAAUCUCAGACUACACGGGGAGAGGCAUCGCCGCCUGCUGAGACGACACCGAGAGUGCGUGGCAAGGAGGCGGAUGUUCCCACGACGGAUGGCUUUCAAGCUCCUCCGAGCAGUCAGGGUCGCGCGGCGGCGUCCACAGCACCUGCUCAACCGCGCACUACACGCGAACCCCAGCGAUCGACUUCGGAAUACAACAACUUUGGCCAGCCUCCUGUCUCGGCUACGCGUCCGUCGACCGGAGGGGCACUCGGAACCGCGCGACUCCCCUCAAGAGGGAACUCGUAUGGACAGCCAUCGGUUGCGACUGUAGCUCAGACGAACGCUGAAGGGCGAUUUUCGCAACCCAAAAGCAAGCAGUACCACAUUUCACCACCAUUUCCGCCAGAGACGACCGUUGCAGGCGAGUCGAGCAUUGGACAGCCGAGCACGCAGCGAGUCCACUCGAUUCAGUUGGGUCCGUCGGGCGCUGCUCCGAAUGCAAAGGGCCACAAGCGGUCGAAUACUGUGACCGAGACUCUUGGACGCGUGACGUCCAUGUUCUCUGGUCGACAGCAGUCGUACGCGCAAGCUUCAAAAGACUCUUUUGCUUCCCAAAACUCCUUCUCCAACUACCCGGAGGAGAAGAGGGAGAAGCGCUAUCCGCCAACGUCGAUGACCGGACCCAUGUCCAACGACUCGGUCGCGUAUCCACGACAAAGCAUGGACUCGAGCCGCCGCACCUCGUUUGGCUUCUCCCGAAAGAACAAUAAUGGGGGAAGCUCGGGCGAACCGAGCGGCAAGUCCUCUCGUCGCUUCUCUCUCCUCCCCUCAUCCCUCUCCAAGACAUUUUCGUCGCAGCGCGAAAGCAUGCCCGCCCAAGGCUCGCACGAACGCCGGGGUUCCAGUGUGGCACGACCGCGUGCCAGCUCCCGGCCGGGCAUGGCCUUUGGCCGUGGACAAGCCUCGAGGUCUCCUAGUCAGAGCACCACGGGCAGCAACAUGCCAGGCUUCUACGACGGACAGCACGAAAGCAGCAGCCGAGUGCGCAAUGCGGUGACGAGUGCACCCAUGGCCGGCCCCAGCUCUGCACCGCCGAACCAAACCCGGUUCGAGGAACCGAUUGCGGACGAGAAAUUCCCCAAUCCCCGCGAUCCUCACCCCAGCGCAAACCGACCCUACCGCCACCCAACCGACGACUCGGACGACUUUGCCGCUCCAACAUCACAGCCCCAGCAGCAACAGACGAUGCAACACGGCAACAGCGCCAGCGCAACUGCCACCCGUAACAACCCAUAUCCACAGGGCAUGGGCGGUGGCGGCAGCAUCAGCGUCAGCGGCAGCAACGGCGGCGACGAGUUUGGCGCGCAUCAGAGUCGCAAGGGGGUGCUGCAGAAGAGCCGCAAGUUUACGGACGAGUAUGAGGAGCGUGGACAUGGGGGCAAGGCGGGGAGUAGUGGGAGUUCAAAGAAGGUUAUGGAUUUCUUUAGGCGGAUGGGGAGGAGUCGUGAGGCGGGGAGGUGA